AAGCGUGUCAUCCACAGAUGCCCGUUCUCUGCCUAAAGGAGUAGCAGGCCCCAGCCCCAAGCCUGGUGUGAGGCGGCAGAGAUGGCGCUGAGUCCAGAGCCGUCCAGCAGGUUCCCCGCGCUGGCUACCACAGGCAGCACCGUGCCGGAGCCGUCUAGUGCCCCCAAUGCGUCCCUCAACAGCUCAUGGGCCAGCCCAACAGAGCCCAGCUCCCUGGAGGACCUGGUGGCCACGGGCAUCAUUGGGGUGGUGCUCUCAGCCAUGGGCGUGGUGGGCGUGGCAGGCAACGUGUACACGCUGGCGGUCAUGUGCCGCUCCCUGCAUGCCUCGGCCUCCAUGUAUGUGUAUGUGAUCAACCUGGCGCUGGCGGACCUGCUCUACCUGCUCAGCAUCCCCUUCAUCGUGACCACCUACGUCACCAAGGCAUGGCACUUCGGCGAUGUGGGCUGCCGCGUCCUCUUCAGCCUGGACUUCCUGACCAUGCAUGCCAGCAUCUUCACCCUGACCCUCAUGAGCAGCGAGCGCUAUGCCGCCGUGGUGAGGCCGCUGGACACGGUGCAGCGUUCCAAGGGCUACCGCAAGGUCCUGGCGCUGGGCACGUGGCUGCUGGCACUACUGCUGGCUCUGCCCAUGAUGCUGGCCAUCCGGCUGGUCCGCAGGGGCCACAAGAGCCUGUGCCUGCCGGCCUGGGGCCAGCGCGCCCACCGCACCUACCUGACACUGCUCUUCGGGACCAGCAUCGUGGGGCCCGGCGUGGUCAUCGGGCUGCUCUACAUCCGCCUGGCUCGGGCCUACUGGCAGUCGCAGCGGGCUUCCUUCACGCAAACGCGGCGGCUGCCCAACCCCAGGGUGCUCUACCUCAUCCUGAGCAUCGUGCUGCUCUUCUGGGCCUGCUUUCUGCCCUUCUGGCUGUGGCAGCUCCUCGCCCAGUACCGUGGGGCCCUGCCGCUCACACCCCACUCUGCCCGCAUCAUCAACUACCUGACCACCUGCCUCACCUAUGGCAACAGCUGUGUGAACCCCUUCCUCUACACACUGCUCACUAAGAACUACCGUGACUACCGCCAGCGCUUGCUCCACGGCAGGGGCGCCCAUGGGCCCGUGGGCAUCCGUAGCUUCCCGCAGGGCCACAGCCGCUGCCAGCGCAGCUCGGGCCACUCACUGUCCUCCAGCAGCCAGCAGGCCACCGAGACCACUGCACUGUCCCAGGCGGCCCCUGGGGGGCUCUGCACUUGAGUGCUCCUGGCCUUCACAUGGGUGCUGGAGUGGGGGGUGGGGAGUGGUCCCCAGAGCCCAGGUCACUCCUGGACUCCCCCACUGACUGCCUCCCUUCCUCAGUCCUUUUCCAGAAAGUUCCCUGCUCUCCCUUCCCCAUCACUCACUUCAGCUCCAUCGGCCCAGCCACUUUCCCCUUAAUGCCCAGAAGUACCCCCUGCCCCAUCCACCUGCGAGGUCUGCAGGAGGCUCAGCCCAGGACCAGCUUCUGAAGACCGUGGUGAGUGGAGUCUUCACUGCCCCCAGCAGAUGUAAGCGCCCACCUGACGCGUGGCGGGGCACUGUGUAGGCACACAGGCUGCCUAUAUGG